UCGGGAGAGUUGCGCUACUGCAUGUACUCUGUGGUUCGGCAUAGUCCGCGCCACGAGCGGAGACUCGGUAUCGCGACGUCCCUCCCCCCUUCUCCCCCCUCCCCUCCGCGCUCCGUCGAGGGCGCCGAGGUAAAGGGGAGACCGUCGUGUUUUGUGAUACCGUGCGGUUCGCACCACCGCGUUUUACAGCGGUCAACCGCGAUCGAAGGAAGAAGAGUUAUCGGUGUAUCCGCAGGAAUACACCCUCACCCGCACCGUGUGUGUGUGUGUGUGUGUACACAUACGCGCAAAGUGACAUAGUUUGGUACGCUCGCGAGCUGUUGUGCUUUGGUUAAUAGAGAAAUGUUACUUCUGUCGACUCGUCGCGAUGCACGGCGAGGACUCGUAGCGUGAACUGUCAUCUCUCUACCGUCGGCGUUCGCCCUGAAUGCCUAUAGUCCACGUUGUUCCGACGUGAUUCUCUCUAUCUAUCUAUCUAUCUCUCUCUCUCUCUCUCUCUCGCUCUCUCUCUCUCUCUCUCUCUUUCUCUCGGCGCUGCGACACAUCUCCGUCGUCGGCCCGGCCAUUCUCGUCGCGCGAUCGCCCCGUGGCAGAAUCCCGUCUAUCAUCGCCUAUUCGCGAUACCUCGGCACGCGCGGAGCGCCAGGCCACAGGUAACGGACGUCAACGGAAUAAGAUGAUCAACAUGGAAACGGACAAGAUUAUCGACGACGUGAGCGCAAGUCUGCAGUACCCGAUGACGACCGUACUUUACGAUCCCAGCUGCAAAAAGGAGCCAUCUACGGGAGUGUCUACACAAUAUGGACAGGAGAAAGAAAUCUGCAUGAAACUGUUCGAAAGAUGGAGCGAAUCAGAACAAGUGCAGUUUGUCGAACAGCUGUUAGCACGAAUGUGUCAUUAUCAGCACGGGCACAUCAAUGCGUAUCUCAAACCGAUGCUGCAGAGAAACUUUAUUUCGCUUUUGCCGAAAAAAGGAUUGGACCAUGUGGCAGAAAGUAUUCUUUCCUAUCUUGACGCAAAGUCACUUGUUUCUGCAGAACUAGUAUGCAAGGAAUGGCAUAGGGUUAUUAGUGAAGGGAUGCUGUGGAAGAAGCUGAUUGAACGCAAAGUUCGAACAGAUUCGGUUUGGAGAGGUUUGGCUGAAAGGAGAGGAUGGAUACAGUAUCUUUUUAAACCAAAACCAGGCGAAGCCCAUCCUAAUCACAAUUUCUACAGAUCUCUUUACCCAAAAAUUGUCAAAGACAUCGAAAGUAUAGAGAACAACUGGAGAAUGGGUCGAUUCAAUCUUCAAAGAAUCAACUGUCGCAGUGAGAACUCUAAAGGCGUUUAUUGCCUACAAUAUGACGAUCAGAAGAUAGUUUCCGGACUCCGAGACAACACGAUUAAAAUCUGGGACAGAAAUACUUUACAGUGUAUCAAGGUGUUGACAGGCCACACGGGUUCUGUACUUUGUUUACAGUAUGAUGAUAAAGCUAUAAUAUCCGGUUCCUCGGACAGUACCGUGAGAGUUUGGGAUGCUACUACAGGCGAGAUGGUUAACACGUUAAUUCAUCAUUGUGAGGCUGUGCUACAUCUCAGAUUUAACAAUGGCAUGAUGGUAACUUGCUCAAAGGAUCGUUCUAUAGCAGUCUGGGAUAUGACAUCGCAGACAGAAAUUGCGUUAAGAAGAGUAUUAGUGGGACACAGAGCAGCAGUGAAUGUAGUUGAUUUUGACGAGAAGUAUAUUGUUUCUGCCAGUGGUGAUAGGACUAUCAAAGUAUGGAACACCUCCAACUGCGAAUUUGUGCGAACGUUAAACGGACAUAAACGCGGCAUAGCGUGUUUACAAUAUAGAGAUCGCUUAGUAGUUAGUGGCAGUAGUGAUAAUACUAUACGACUGUGGGACAUCGAGUGCGGCGCUUGCUUACGUGUUUUAGAAGGGCAUGAAGAAUUAGUGAGAUGUAUUCGAUUUGAUAGUAAGCACAUCGUCAGUGGUGCUUAUGAUGGAAAAAUCAAAGUUUGGGAUCUUGUAGCCGCUCUUGAUCCUCGUGCCGUUGCUAGUACUCUAUGUUUACGCACGUUAGUGGAGCACACCGGACGUGUGUUUCGUCUUCAAUUUGACGAGUUCCAAAUAGUUUCAUCAUCUCACGAUGAUACGAUACUAAUUUGGGAUUUUCUUAAUUACAAUCCGUCAAGUGGAAAUGUUGUAUGCAGUGUACGCCUGCCGAUGGAUGGAGCACCAAACCAAGCCGAUACUAGAUCUCCUUCCCCAUUUGAGUGACGCAUCAAUACGGAGAUUGCUUUAUUGUGAUAUACUUACAAGUGGUUAGUGAGUGAAUCCAAUGUGUUCACGACAAUGUACGCAAACAAUGAAAUAUCCGAUGAUGAGUGUUUAAUGUAAACAACAGCAAUUAUACAUAGAAAUGUCUCAAGAAAAAAUUUGGUUGAUCAAUGACUUUAAUUUAUUGUUUGCUAGGACAGCAAAAAAUUCUUCAAGAAAUGGGAAAGUAAAAUGGACUGACUUUUACGUGAAACUAUAAAUUAUAAUUUAUAUAUAUGCGCUUGACGCACCGCGUUUAGGAACGUACAGUAUAUUUAAAGCUACAUAAAUACAUCCCAUGGAUGUAAACGAUUGUCGUCUGCUUUAGCCAUAUCUGGAAUUCUUCUACGCUUUAUGACAUGUGUGUGUGAUAGAAGUCAAGACCAUUUUCCUACAAAAAAAAAGAAAGACUUACAAUAUGUAAUGUAGCGAAGCGUUUUUAGGGAGGCUGGAUAUUACACUUAAUAAGACAUUAGAUGUAUCAUAGUAAAAGGAGAAUUAAUGAUUUUUUAUAUAAUUAAUUUAUGAGAUAAAAAAUUGUAAAAUGUUGUUUGAUUGGAGUACUUACGUUGUGUGAAUGUGUAAAAAAAUUGUUACAUGGGAAGAUCAUGUUGCAUCUUUUUAAUGGCUCGUACAAAGUGCUAUGUACCCAUGUUUAGAACUGCGAAAGAAACUAUUAAUUGUAUAAUAAUUUUUUUAAUAUUUAAAUUUUGUGAAACUUAUUUAAGAAACGAGUGAAGAGCCAACAAUCUCUGCACAACCUAUAUUUGGUACGAUACCAUUUGCAUUUAGAAAUUAAAAAUUACUAUUGCAGAAUGUAAAUAUAUUAUUAUCAUUAUUAUAUUCAUAC